AUGUCAGAAAUGAUAGCGGCCGAUUCGUCUCAGACCUUGCUGUACAGGGAUGCCGACCUGCCGUUCAACAAGGAAAUACCAAUAACCCGGCAUGUAUUAAAUGACGAGGAGACAUUGCCGUUUGAGCAGAAUUCGUUUGAUCUGGUUCUCAGCAGCCUGAGCCUACAUUGGAUCAAUGACCUCCCCGGCGUUCUGGGCCAGAUCAACAAUAUCCUUAAGCCAGACUGCGCUUUCAUGGGAGCCAUGCUCGGCGGAGAUUCGCUAUUUGAGCUGCGCACAUCACUGCAGCUUGCCGAGCAAGACCGCAGAGGCGGCAUGUCACCAAGGGUGUCACCACUCGCUGACGUGCGUGAUGUUGGAGGUCUACUUCAGAAAGCCGGCUUCAAGAUGCUGACGGUUGACGUUGACGAUAUUAUCGUGGACUAUCCCGACACGUUCGCCCUGAUGCAAGACCUGCAGGCGAUGGGAGAGAGUAAUGCCGUUCUCGGAAGAGAGAUGGGGCCCAUCAGUAGGGAUGUGCUCCUGGCGAACGACGCGAUUUAUCGCGAGCUUCAUGGAAACGAAGAUGGUACAAUUCCAGCCACGUUCAGGAUCAUUUAUAUGAUCGGAUGGCGCGAGUCGCCAGACCAAGCCAAGCCUCUUGCACGAGGUAGCGGCGAGAUCAAUCUCAAGGAUAUUUUGGAGCAGCAAUGA